GGGCUCAGUAGAUGAUAACUAAGAUUAAGUAUGACCUUUUUACACAUUAUAACAGGAAGAAUACGUAGGAAGAGUUUGACUAAAAUCUGAAGUAAUUUUCAUUUAAGAUCAUAUCCUGUCUCUAAUUCAACAUAUGACUUCUGUAGCUGGAGCUCUGACAAGUAUGAAAAAGCAUAACUCAGCCCUGAAGAAAUUAAUCAUUAAUGAGAAAUGUCUCAUUAAGCAGAUUUUUUCAAUGUAUUAGUUUGAAUUGUUCAGAGGUGUUUCUGUGCAAAAUUCUGGAUGAUCUGAGAGAAUCUUUAGAUACCAGUUUCCUUUUUUGCUCUUUUUAAAAUCUAGUUUAUUUAUUUUUUACAAUAAAUAACCAGUGGUGGACAGUUUGUGUCACCGUGAAGCCUUCUUAAGGAAACAGCGCCACCUGUCUAUCAGAUGAGAUACUAAUUCUGUGACGGCAUGAUGAGUUUAAGCUGCUCAAAAUAUGACAAGGUGGGGAGCCCUUUUAGUUUCUACGACAUAUUUUGUCAGCAUUUCUUAAAAUUAAUAUUUGUUUUACAUUUAUCUAAAGUACAUUAUUUUUUUUAAUAUGGUAUUUAAAAUUUGCAUUUAAACGUUAAGAACCUUAGUGCUAGAAGAUGCAUUCGUUAUGUGUUUUAAAUUUAGAAACUUCAAAGCACUUUCUUUUUUCAAGCACACCGAGAAAAAAGAUCUUCUAGAAGAAGAGCACACACUCCUUCAUCUAAAUCUAAGCAACCGUUUCAAACCGUCAAAAGUUUAUUUUUUGAAAGAAUCGAUUUUAUUUGACUGUUUUUAAUGUUAUACCGUUUUCAUUUAAAUGUUAUACUAUUAAUAAUAGUAAAAAAAAAAGAAGACGUCUAUAAAAAAGAUCGGAGUUAAACAUCUGUUCCGCCGCUGGUAUCGUGAGUGGCGCAUUCCACACCUGAUCAGGUAAGACAGCUUUCUGACGUCUCCUCCCGUCUCAGCGUGACUCCUCCAUCUGUGGAGGUUUCAGGAGUUUCUCUGUCAAGGAAAAGGCAGCAGUCUGUCGACCUGAGAGGAUCUUCGGCGAUGGAUAAACUCAAAUCAGUGCUGAGUGGCGAAGAGGCGCGCAAUGACAGAACUGUUAUGCAGACCGUGAAUGAAGCCUCAACACUGAGUUGGGCCACAAGAAUAAAGGGGUUCAUCGCCUGCUUCGUGGUGGGGGGUGCCUGCACAAUUUUGGGAGUGUGUGUGCUGUUCCUUCCUAAGAUCGGAAUCACUCUCUUUAUCAUUUUCUACACCUUUGGAAAUAUCUGUGCUCUUGGCAGCACCAUGUUUCUGAUGGGGCCGGUCAAACAGCUGAAGAGGAUGUGUGACAAAACAAGAGCACUGGCCACCACCAUCAUGAUUACGUGCCUUGUUUUGACUCUUUGUGCAGCGUUCUGGUGGAAGAACUUCGGACUUGCUUUGCUAUUUUGCAUAUUGCAGGUCUUGUCGUUUGCCUGGUACAGUCUGUCAUACAUUCCAUGUGUGAGGGAGGCGCUCUUGAAGCUGGUUUCUCUCUUCCUAAAGUGACCUUUCCUUUGACGUGAAGGCUUGUGCUGCUUGAAGUGUCUUUGAAAGAAAAGGACCAGUCAUUUGUUGAAGUUGACAAUCUUCCUUUAGAAGACAAAAGUUGUUCUUUUAUACACUGCAGAGUUUGUCCAUUAUUAUUUAAUUAUUUCCUUUUUGUUAAAAUACAUUUUAAAAACCCUUACUUUUUUGUGCCAUAUGUGUAAAUACGUGUAAUAAAUGUACAUAUUAAAGAUUUUAUAAAUCGCCAGA